CCGGCCUGACACUGGCUAUCUUCACUGGAGGUGGAAGCCAUAUGGCUGUGAGUUGCCUCGAUUCGACGCAAACAAGUUCUUGAAUCGUAUGAGGAACAAAUCCUUGGGAUUUGUGGGUGAUUCAGUCUUCCGCAACCAGAUGGAGUCCUUGCUUUGCCUUCUCUCCGAGGUGGAAGAAGCUGUGCUGGUCUACCAUGACGAAACAUUUCAGACCAAAACAUGGCACCUGCCUUCUCACAACGUCACACUGGGGCUGAUUUGGGCUCCUUUCCUGAUCAAAUCUACGCAAGCCAUCUCCAAAAACCACAUCCAGCUUUAUCUCGACGUCCUCGACGAUACCUGGACGAGCCAAUACCACAAGUACGACUACGUGAUGAUUUCUGGUGGCCAGUGGUUCCUCAGAGAAACCAUAUUCUGGGAGAACAACACAGGCGUCGGUUGCCACUUGUGCACGGGGAUGAAUCUGACGGAACUCGGCAUGGACUAUUCUUAUCGGAGAGCACUCCGAUCUGUGUUGGACUUCGUGAGCAGCUCAGAGCACAAGGCCGUGGUGAUUCUCAGGACCUGGACUCCCACCCACUUCGAGCAUGGGAUGUGGUACAAUGGGGGGAUCUCCCAAUUUGUCCAAGCCCACAUAUGGGCUGGACCCAACAACAAGGAGAGUGAGUACGCUGCUGACCCAGUGGAUGUUGUGAUGAGAGAAGUGGAGGAGGAGGGGUUCCAGGAAGGGGUGAGGAGUGGGCUGAGGGUGAGACUGCUUUGA